CGGAAAGACGAGGGGGAAUGCUCACAGUCGGAUCCGCACAGCUUCUCUCCCUCUCUUUUCAGGCAUCAUUCUUCUGAGCUUGAAGCGUCUCAGCCGUAACCGCGGAUAGAGAUCGAGUACUCGCAGCUUUGGGUAAGAGCCUGAAGGGCACCUUGAGUCGCAAACUUUAAAGCCUGUGUUCCAGAGCGUCAGAACGACCACACCCCCCCCCCUUCUCUCCUCCCCCCAUUAGUAUCCUGGAUCGAGUUACUUCGUACAGUCAGCCCACCCCUCUCCCCUUCCUUCCACGCCUGCUUUCGACUUGUCUCCUUCCCCAUCCCAACCGCAUCGAGAGUCAAAUUAGCCGUAAUGCGGGGAUUGACUCUGCUUUCGGUGCUGGCUUUCGCCUCCGGCGUUGUCGCUCAAUCGAAUGCAGCCUGCGACACCAUCUCCAAGCAGCUCGGCGCCAGCAAGGUACAGCAGCCACUGAGCCUCGCUUAUACCUCGACAACCAAUGACUAUUGGAACAAGCAACAGGCACUCAACAAGCCUGCCUGUGUCGUCCAGCCCAACUCAACGGCAGACGUGUCGGCAGCCGUCAAAGCGAUUCGGUCGUCCAACGCGACAAUGGCCGUCAAGGCUGCUGGACACAAUACGAACAACUUCUGGUCCUCGACAAAUGGCGGCGUUUUGCUCGAUCUCACCAAGAUGACGGGCAAGUCUUUCGAUGCAGCAGCCGAGACGGCUACCUACCAGCCCGGUAGCGAGUGGGGCGACCUGUACGAAUACUACGAGCAAUACAACCGUACCGUCGUCGGCGGGCGUCUCGCUUUUAUUGGCACCGGCCUUGCGCUCGGUGGUGGUCUUUCGCACCUCUCCCAGCACUAUGGUCUUGCAUGUGACAACUUUCGCAGCCUCGAGGUUGUUCUCUCCAACGGCACAAUCGUCACGGCGUCACCAAAGGUCAACAGCGACCUUUUCCUUGCCCUGAAGGGCGGCGGCAAUCAGUUUGGUAUUGUCACAUCAUACACCGUCGCUGCUCACCCAAUCGGCAACUUCUGGGGUGGCAUCAUAAUCUACGAUGGUAGCCACGCAGCCGAACUCUUCGAACUUGGCCGGCAAUUUAACAAUAACAACAAGGAUCCACGCGCAGCCAUCAUCAUCACACAGACGCAUCUGGGCACGCCCGACCUCUUGCAAAAGAUUGGCAUCUUUAUCCCUGCUCUCGACGACAUUGUCAUUGUCUUCAACGUUUACGACGGUCCUGACGGCUCCAAAGCCUUCGCCGACUUCACUGCUAUACCGCAUGUCGCCGAUUUGAGGAGCCAGCAAAAGUACUCGACGCUCACGCAUCAGCAGGAUGUCGGUGCGGUCACAACGGGAGGUGCUAGUUUCCGUGUUGCUGCGCAUCGAUCGGACAAUGCUACGAAAGUGCAAGAGAUUCUCAAGACUUUUGACGAUUUCGCUAGUCAGGUCAAAGGCACCUACACUCUCGUCUCCCUCGACUUCCAGCCCGUCACUGUUGAUCUUAUCAAGCAGAGCAGGGCCCAAGGUGGCAACGCACUGGCCAGCGUCGAUGGUCCCUACUUUUGGCUCAACUUCCUCUUCUCCUGGACACUGGGAGCGCCAGGCACCGACGCGGCCCUGGCAAAGUUCAAGACGCUUGUCGAGGAGUUGCAGGGGGACAAGGACCUGCCGCUGUUCCUCAACGACUCUCACGAGGACCAGAACGCGAUCUCAACCUAUGGCGCAUAUGACCAGCUCGUGGCAGCAAAGAAGAAGUUUGACCCCGACAAUUUCCUCGGCACCCACAUGACUGGCCCGAGUGUCUGAAGCUACCCUCUCUUUUCAAUUCUUUAGAACAUGACGGUCUCUUUAGGUCUCCUCGCUUACAAGGCAGUUAUCAAGUGUAGCACGACUUUAAUGAGUCGAAUCGAAGGGAUUUUUCUCUACUUCUUUGUAGAAAUGCACUUGCCAUCCAAUCUCGCUCAUCUUGGGUCCGAUCUUCGCUCUCUCCGAUCUGUUGUUCUCUCCUUUAUGUUGAUCUGUAAUCACCUUGCACAACCUCUCA